CCUCAUCUACGCUCACAGUCAGUACUACAGAUACCAUGUCGCUGCCAAAGCGAAUCAUCAAGGAGACGGAAAGAUUGGUCGCAGACCCGGCUCCGGGCAUCGAUGCUACCCCGCACGAGGACAAUCUGAGGUACUUCGACGUGGUCAUGGCCGGACCAGGAGGAAGCCCCUUCGAAGGCGGUAGAUUCAAGCUGGAGCUGUUCCUGCCCGAGGAGUACCCAAUGGCACCUCCCAAGGUGCGCUUCCUGACCAAGAUCUACCACCCUAACAUCGAUAAGCUGGGCAGAAUCUGCCUCGACAUUCUCAAAGACAAGUGGUCCCCAGCUCUGCAAAUCCGCACUGUGCUCCUCUCGAUACAGGCACUCCUUUCUGCGCCCAACCCAGACGACCCGCUGGACAACGGAGUAGCAGAGCACUGGAAGCGUGAUGAGAAGGGAGCAAUCCAAGUCAGCCGCGAGUGGACACAACAGUAUGCAAAGUAGGUCAUCUAUGUCUCUGACAAGUCGGUCAAUGAAGGCUCAGCAGAGUGCCUUGGAUUUUGUCAGGGCAGGGCAAAUUUGGGAAAGCAAGAGAGAGAUAUGGCUAAUGAGAAGUCGAUGCUGCAGUACGGGGAGCGUAGUCUCUUCGUUUGACCUGUGCUGUCAUUACAAGACCCCGAUUUGAUGUACCAAUAGACGCCCCAUUUCCAAUCGCCUGUGCGUCUGAGCAGUG